AUGGAAAGCCAUUUAAAUGGAUCUGAUAGUGAAGAUUCCUUGAAUAUUGCUGCUAAAGAUUGGAAUCGUAUUACUGAUGUUGCCAAAAAGAAUGGUUACAGAGAAGGAGUACAAGAUGGAUCAGACUUUGCUUUUCAAGAUGGUUUUGAUGCAGGAUACUUAGGAGCUUUCCAUGCUGCUUUCAUUUUAGGAAAAUUUAAAAGUUUAUUGAACAGUAUGCCGCAGGAUAUUGAACAUCCAUCAAACGUAAAUGAAAUUCUUAAAGCAACUAGAAGAGGGGCAUGCUACAUGUGUAUAACAGACUCUCAGGGCACCAACAACAUACAAAAGUCUUCUUCUCAAAUCAUUAAAGAACAGAAAACAUAUUCUAUGAAUGUUCUUAAAACACUGUUUAAAUAUUUUCAACCAUACAUCGAACAAUUAAAUAUUAGUGACACGGAUAUAUUACAAAUACAAAAUUAUGUUCCAGAAGUAGAAGACAAUUAAUUCAUCAAUCAAAAUAUAGGUUUUGUAUUUUUUAUUAGCGUUUAUGGUAUUUUUACGUUUGAA